UGAUGCAUCAAGCUGCACUUGACGCCUGUUAGCUAACAACCAUCACAGCUUCCCAAGUGUCAGCAGAAAAGAUCUGACUGACAGCAUCUAUAAGAAGAAAAUAUUUUGGUUGGAGUAGCAGUUGGGAUUGUAGUUAUUUUUACCUUUUUGAACAACCUCCAUCUGCAGACAUCAUGUGCACCGGAUCCUGUUCUAAAUUCAUUGCCAUCCCACUCUACAUCCUGGCUUUAGUGUCCAUCAUCUGCAACAUCAUGCUAUUCUUCCCUGACUUUGAGACAAAGUAUGCAUCCGAAGACAGGGAAGGAGAGGACCGUAUCACUGAGGAGGUUAAAUACAUGUCGGGCCUGAUAGGAGGAGGAAUCUUGGUCCUCAUUCCUGCCAUUCACAUUCAUCUGACCAGUGCUAAGAACUGCUGUGCCAACCGCUGUGGGAUGUUCCUGUCCAUUGGUUUUGCAGCAGCUGGUGUGGUUGGGGCCAUCUACAGUCUGAGUGUUGCUGCCCUGGGUCUUGCUAAUGGGCCUACAUGCUACUGGCAAAAUAAUGUCAACCCCAUUCCUACUUGGGGGACACCCUUUGCUAACAGUAACGGGAGCUACCUGAGUGACAAGGAGAUGUGGGAUUGGUGUAUACUUCCAAAGAAUGUGGUGCAAUUCAACGUGGGACUGUUCUCCACUCUGCUAGUGGCAGCAUGCCUGGAGCUCGCAUUGUGUCUCAUCCAAAUGGUCAACGGACUUUUUGGAUGUAUCUGUGGCACCUGCAGUGGCAAGGAGUAAACUGAACCACAACUCACCAUGACUUCUUGAAGAGCAAAUGACAUGGAUCAUCAUUAUCAACUCUGUCGUCAUUAUCACCAUCACAAUCUUCAUCAUCAACAUUAUCAUAAUCUGCCGCACCAAGGGUUAUGAGAUGGGGAUUGAGAGUGUUAUUUCUUCAAGAGGAAUGACUGGGAUUAUCUACUAUGUGUCUAUUUCAUGUUCUCAGAUUAUACUGAUUGUAGACUGUAGAUGGAAAGAACUGAGGUAUGCUGUGUUUGUAUAUGUAAAUUUGUAUGUUUAAAAUAUUUUGUAACAAAGCCCUGAACAUAAGCUAACAGAGGAGAUAGUUUUCAGAAGAAACUAAUUGACAAGUUGUUUUCUUGAUGUCCAGAAAAACCUUUAAUCACCAAUUUAGGCAGAAAUACACUCACAACAAAUGACUAUCAAAAAUGGCAAGUUGUCAUCUAAAUGCUAUUGUUGACGAUUCAUAUUUACAAUACAUUCAUAAACAGUAGAUCAAACAAAUACAUUUAUUCAAGUACAGUAGUUUGCAGAUUUUUUGUAGUAAAAAAAACAUGUAACAUUACAUGUAAUGCAAUGCAGUUGAACUAGCCAACAGCAAAGCCUCUGUCUCCACCUGCUACAACAUAAAAAUAAUAAAACAAACCUGUA